CCUCCCCGGGAUGAGUCGAUGCGAGUCGCCUCCGGCUCAGAGCGACUGACCGGUGGGUCCGGGGCAGCAAAACAAACUCCGCAACCCCACAGACGACAUCGAUGCGGAGCAAGAAAGAGCAGCCGGGGUGGUGGGGGGGGGGCAGCCGCACCGACGAGCCCACAUUCAGCGCCGGGCGCUGGGAGAAGCUCGGCUGCUUGUGUUCACUCACUGUCGACUCCGGAAGCAGCAGGUACCCCAGGAGCUCCCGGGGCCCCGGACGGCGAGGGGGGCGGUCCGGCUCCGGCCCCGAACCUGACGAGCAACAGGCGACUGCAGCAGACGCAGGCGCAGGUGGACGAGGUGGUGGACAUCAUGCGUGUAAACGUGGACAAAGUCCUGGAGAGAGACCAGAAGCUGUCGGAGCUGGACGACCGGGCCGACGCCCUGCAGGCCGGAGCCUCGCAGUUCGAGAGCAGCGCGGCCAAACUCAAGAACAAGUACUGGUGGAAAAACUGCAAGAUGAUGAUCAUCAUGGCGGUUGUAGGUGUCAUAUGUGUCGGAGUCAUCUUCUUGUAUUUCUUCUACUGAGCUGGUUCUUCAGGGAGCGGACACGCAAGUCACGGGACGGGUCUGCAGCGACACCACCAAGCCAAACCCAGCCUUUCCUCAGCGCCCCGCCUGCUCUUCGUCCUCCCCUUCCUCACCGAUGCCUUCCUCAGACACCCUCAUGCAUGGUCUGUAAUGUGCUCCAGUGCCUCCCGUUUUCUCUUCUCCCAGCGCAGAAGGUCUCUCCAGGCAGGUGGACGUAAUCAUUUUGUGUUCCUUUUGCCUCACUGGGCGUACCCGGGUGGGUGGAGUUUACCGCGUCAGGACAGUUUAAAUAGUGAGCUAAACUAAAACGACUUCUUGUCUCUCUCGGCCACUUGAAGCGUUGUCCCCAGUAACCAACAUCACCCCUCUCGAUGGCCGAGCAAAUAAAAAAAUAAAAAACGUUUUUGGUUUUUUUGUUUCCCCGCCCCCCUCCCCAGCAGAUCUAAAAUCCACUGACCCAGGUUUGUUCAUCGAACACCAGGUUUGGCAUGAAACCGGAAGCGGCUCACAUAAUCUAACAGGAACACGAUUCCUGGUUAACGUUAGUUCAUCUUUAGUUCAAAUAUACUGUCCGUGCACGGGGGAGAAAAAGAUUUCACCUCUGCGAAAAAAGGAAAAGGAAUUUAGGAGGUAAUCUGUAUUUGACACAAGCCACAUUUAUACAAAACUAUGGAGAAACCGGCGCCUCAACACAAAUGUCUCAAGGAAAGUUUUUGGUCGAAAAAACGACUUUUUUCUUCUUUUUUUUUUUGCUGCUCGGGUUUUGAAACAAGGUUUUUGCUGGUGAUGAGUUAGUGCGAGUGUGUGUGUGUGUGUGUGUGUGUGUGUGUGUGUGUGACACCACCGGCCAGUUUCUGGGCCCAGAAAUCCCAACGGCUGGUGAAGUCAUCAGCCAAUUUCCGAGCUCCACGUUUAUCUUGUGGCAGGCGGCAGCAGCAGCACGAACCCCGCGUUUGCUUUCUCACAACAGCUGUAGCGAGGAGACAAAAGGAAAAUCUCCUCAUCAGAAACGUAUGGCGUAGAAAACGCGACACGCCGGGCGCGUCGAGCCGCGGGGGAUCGUGAGCCGAGCGCGACUUCUGUGGAAGCCUGGAUGAGGCCGACAGUUUCAGACGGGGUUCGCGCUUCGCAGUAACCACAUUUCAGCAAAGAGUAAUCGGCGUUAGGAGCUGA